CCGGCAAUCUCUUUUAAAGGGAAAUUAUGGAAUCACUGAUGAAAUUCUCGGUGCUGUACCACCGCUUGUCCCGAGCCCUGACGACGAAAUAGACAAGAGCUUUUAUUGGAUGCCGCACAUUGUUUCAGCAAAAAUCAAGCACGCGAGUCUUGCAAAUAAGAAAGAAGUCAAAAUGUGGGUCGAAGCUAUGAAAAGCGAAAACUUUAUUGAACUUCAGCAAGCCACUCAAUAUCAUGAACUAGUUAAAAGGGCAUGGAAUGAACAGAUUCAAGAACGCGAGUUAAAGCUCAAAGAUAUCAUUCGAGAAUUUUGUCAAGAUGUUGAAACAUUUUGCCGAACUCCGUUAUCUCUGAAUUUUAUGAAGAGCGUCAGGGUAAAUCCUUUCAUUGAACCUGAAUGGGAAAAUUAUCGUAAAAAAUUGAUUGAAAUUGUAGGACAGGAAGUUCAAAAAAAUCCAUCGAUCGAUAACGCGCCCAAUUCAAAGUCAGUGAAAAAAAGCCUUUAUGAUUUUAUGAGGGAAAAUAUCUGUAAAAAGCUUAGAAAUCAUACUUAUUAUACACAGCCGAAUGAUAGCAAAUCAAAACCAUCUUUGAGCAUUGAAGACGACUUUUUUAAAUAUAUUCUGCAGUGUCCAUCAUACAAAGUUCCUCCUAUAGACCCUCGUUUUCCUAAUCCGGUGCGCAGAUAUUCUUAUUCCGAAGAAUUUUGGAAGACCCGACUUUUCCCGACUCUCCUUAACGAGGCUGAACGGUUGCAUUCAUCUGGAGUUAACUCAUCUAUUUGUAUAUUCGAUCCGGCCGUGUUGGGAGGGAUGGUGAACAAUCAAUGCCCCCUGUUCGGAUGCCAAUUAUGUGAUAAAGACUUUCAAUUUAGUGGUUUUGAAAAAACGAAAAAGCAUAUGUCCAAGGAACACAAGAUCCUGACCGAGUCAGAGAAAAUAAGAGAGAUGAAAGUAGACAAAGCGAAAAUUAUUGACCACUUGCCUACUAUUUUUAGUCUACGUAACUAG